UGGGAUUUUGCGAGUUUUCUUUGACAUGUUAUUUAUUGUUCACUCUGUAAUUUAUAGAAUAGUGUUGUAUGUGCUUGUGUACGGUUGUGUCUGUUAAAACACAUAAUGUUGGGUAGUGGACGGUCGUCCAAUUACGCUAGCCUGGCUAAGUGUACUUCACUGCAAAGUAUUCCAAGCAGAGAGAACAACGUUACUGUUCUUCAGAGAGCCUUUACCGGCAGUGUGAACGGACUUACUGCAGAGCUGAGGGGACACCAGGACAGAUACCAUAUCCUACCACACCUCUUCUCCUUCAAGCAGCCCCUUUGACUGUUACUGGAAACUAUUCUGGGAGCUAUUUGCAAGCGGUCAACUUGAAUUUAUUCUUUACCUUUAAAACGGAAUGGAUUUUGAAAAUACCUAACCUGCAUGGUUUGCUGUACAAGUUUUGUUGCAAAGCCAGCUGGUGGAGUUUGCCAACUUUUGAGGAGGUCGCAUUAAGUCUUUCUGGAGGUGAACUAUCCCAAAGCCAUAAUGGAUCAAGCCAGCGGUGGGGAGGACCCGAAUAAAUCCUCUAAAAAGAAGUCCAGCGAGGAUGAUGGUAAAAACAAAAAGCUGAACAUACAUAUAAAAACAUUGGCUGAUGAUAUGCGUGAUCGGAUUACCAGUUUCAGGAAAACGGGGAUGAAGAAGGAGAAGCUUCUUAUACAGCACCCGACAGAUCCCCUCUCUACCCAGUCUGAACUGCCUGUUCCUCAGCCCCUUUUUGACGACCGCUCCAUGAACCUCUCGGAAAAGGAGAUCAUUGACCUCUUUGAGAAGAUGAUGGAGGACAUGAACCUGAACGAGGAACGCAAAGCCCCUCUGCGUGGAAAGGACUUAAGCACCAAACGCGAGAUGGUGGUCCAGUACAUCUCAGCCACUGCCAAAUCUGGUGGACUGAGGAACAGCAAGCAUGAGUGCACACUUUCAUCCCAAGAAUAUGUCCAUGAGCUGCGUUCUGGCAUCACAGAAGAAAAGCUGCUCAAUUGCCUGGAGUCCCUCAGAGUGUCUCUCACUAGUAACCCUGUCAGUUGGGUUAAUAACUUCGGUCAUGAGGGUCUCGGCCUUCUUCUGGAUGCUUUGGAGAAGCUGCUGGACAAGAAACAGCAAGAGAAUAUUGAUAAACGCAACCAGCAUAAACUUAUCCAAUGCUUGAAGGCUUUCAUGAACAAUAAGUAUGGACUGCAAAGGAUCUUGGGAGAUGAGCGGAGCCUGUUGCUGUUGGCACGAGCAAUUGACCCCAAACAGACCAACAUGAUGACAGAGAUUGUCAAAAUUCUCUCUGCUUUCUGUAUUAUUGGAGAGGAAAACAUCCUGGAUAAGAUUCUAGCUGCCAUGACAAUUGCUGCAGAGAGGAACAAUAAAGAGAGGUUUGCUCCAAUUGUGGAAGGACUGGAGAACCACGACGCCCAGCAGCUGCAGGUUGCUUGCAUGCAGCUGAUCAAUGCCCUGGUCACUUCCCCUGAUGACCUGGACUUUCGGAUACACCUACGUAAUGAGUUCCUAAGAUGUGGCCUCAAGAAGAUCCUACCUGAGCUAAAAGAGACAGAGGAGCUAGACAUACAGCUGAAGGUGUUCAAUGAGAACAAGGAGGAGGACUCUAUUGAACUCUCCCAUCGCCUGGAUGACAUCCGUGCUGAGAUGGAUGAUAUGAGUGAAGUGUACCAUCUCCUGUCGAAUAUGGUGAAAGACACUGGCUCAGAGCCCUACUUCCUGUCAAUUCUUCAGCACCUAUUGCUCAUCAGGAAUGACUAUUACAUCAGGCCUCAGUAUUACAAGGUGAUAGAAGAAUGCGUGUCUCAGGUGGUCCUGCAUCGCAAUGGAAUGGACCCUGACUUUGGCUACAGUAAAAGACUAGACGUGGACUUCACCCAUCUGAUUGAUCAGUGUGUGGAUAAAUCCAAAGUUGAAGAGAGUGAGCAGAAGGCUGCAGAGUACUCGAAAAAGUUUGAUGAGGAGUUCAGUGCGCGGCAGGAGGCCCAGGCCGAGUGUCAAAAGAAGGAAGAGAAAAUCAAAGAGCUGGAGGGAAAGAUUCAGGCCCUGGAGUCCCAGAUUGCAGCGGGUCCAACUGCGCCCAGAGCACCACCUCCACCACCAGUACCAGGGGGUGUAGCAGCUCCACCUCCCCCUCCACCACCUCCUCCUCCACCUCCACCUGGUGGCUGUCCUCCCCCUCCUCCACCUCCUCUUCCCGGCCAUGCCGGCAUUCCACCACCUCCUCCUCCACCAGGGGGAGGACCUCCACCUCCCCCACCACCCCCUGGUUGUGGGCCCCCACCUCCUCCUCCUUUCUUUGGGGGCCCAGGUGGGCCUCCUCCACCUCCUGCAUUGCCUGUCAUUAAGCUGCCUUAUGGGAUGGAGCCCAAGAAGACCUACAAGCCAGAAACUGUGAUGAAGAGGGUCAACUGGAUAAAGAUAGUGCCUCAGGAAAUGGCAGAGAAUUGCUUCUGGAUCAAAGUCAAAGAAGAGAAGUUUGAGAAUCCUGACCUAUUUGCUCAGCUCUCCCUCUGCUUCUCCUCGCAGAGCAAAGUGAAAAAAGAUGUAACAGAUGAGACUGACGACAGAAUGACACAAUUCAAGAAAAAGGCGAAAGAGCUUCGCAUCUUGGAUGCCAAAACAGCACAGAAUCUGUCAAUUUUCUUGGGCUCGUUCCGCCUGCCUUAUGAAGAGAUCCGGGACAUUGUGCUGGAGGUAGACGAGGAAAGACUGAGCGAAUCACUCAUCCAGAACCUGAUAAAGAACCUACCAGAGCAGAAAGAGCUGAAUGCGCUGGCGGAACUAAAGGGUGAAUAUGAAGAGCUAGUGGAGUCAGAGCAGUUUGGCAUUGUGAUGAGUUCAGUAAAACUCCUACGACCACGCCUGAAUGGCAUUCUGUUCAAGCUGACGUUUGAGGAGCAGGUGAAUAACAUCCGGCCAGACAUCAUGAAUGUGACAUUUGCCUGUGAAGAGGUGAAGAAGAGUGAAGGUUUUUGCAAACUCCUGGAGCUGGUGUUGCUGAUUGGCAAUUACAUGAAUGCUGGCUCAAGGAAUGCCCAGUCGUUUGGUUUCAACAUCAGCUUCCUCUGCAAGCUCAGAGACACUAAAUCCAUCAGUCAGAAUACAACACUUCUUCAUUUCCUGGCUGAGAAGUGCGAAGAAAAUUACCAAGUGAUUUUGAGGUUUCCAGAUGAACUGGAUCAUGUGGAAAGUGCCAGCAAAGUGUCUGCUGAGAUCUUAAAAAGCAGUUUGACCACCAUGGAACGUCACAUUCAAAGGCUUGAGAACGACAUCGAGAACUUCCCCAAAACGGAUAACAAACAAGAUAAGUUUGUGGAAAAGAUGUCCGGCUUCUGCAAGCAUGCCCGCGAGCAGUAUGAAAAACUGUCCACGAUGCACAAGAACAUGCAAAAGCUCUACGAGAGCAUUGGCAGCUAUUUUGCCUUUGACCCCCACUCAGUCAGUGUGGAGGAUUUCUUCGGAGAACUGGCCAACUUCCGCAUCCUCUUCAUGGAAGCAGUGAAGGAGAACCACAAGAAGAGGGAGAUGGAGGAGAAGAUCAAGAGAGCCAAGCUGGCGAAGGAGAAGGCAGAGCGCGAGAAGCAGGAGCGCCAGCAGAAGAAGAAGCAGCUGAUUGACAUGAACAAAGAGGGAGAUGAAACUGGUGUGAUGGAUAGCCUAAUGGAAGCCCUACAGUCCGGAGCAGCUUUCCGCGAUCGGCGAAAACGGACACCGCGCAAUGGUGAUCAAAGUCCUUCCAGUCCAGCUUCUCGGUGGCCAGGUGCUAACUAUGGUAACAGAACCCUAGACAACCGCCGCGCAGUCCUGGAAAGGUCUCGUUCACGCCACAACGCAAAUCACCAAGCUCGAUGAUCACCCGCGCCUACCACAAGACGCUAGAUAAGUGCCAAAGAGGCCUGCGAGGUGGAGACCUGGAAGACAUCUGAAGGAGGGAGAGAGACCUGCCCUCACUGUGGCACACACCCCCCCACACACACACACAAAAGCACCCACACACAGCUCCACAUAUAGAACAAAAAUGGCUGAAGAAUCUACAGUACAUCACACACAAAUAUUUCAUUUUCAUAUUCUUUGUCUGAUGCCUUACAUAUUUAUUCAAUACUUUGUCAUUACUCAAAAUGUUCAUGUUCUCUCUAGCUUGUUUGACUUAUAUAAAAAAAUAAAAAAAACACAUUAGGCUGCUGCUGCUUGAAAUGGAAGGUGCUCAUUGGUUGGAAAUUCAUUUUGAUUUUGAAGGAUUCUACUUAUCCUUUUUUAAAAUCAGAAUACUAAAGUUCACAUACAGGUUUGACAGGAUUCAUGGAGUGUAUUGAAAAUAUGACAUUCUGCCAAGGACCACACCAUAGUGGAAGCUCAUAAUCUUGAAAAGCAUACAGCAUACAGUACAUUCAAUGAAGGGCCAGCUGUCCUUUAAAUGGAAGACAGGGAUUCAACAGCCAUGUUGGCAAGCCUACCACCUGCUGACAUUUUCUUCAACAAGUCACCUCUCAACAGAAGAGGGAAUGGUGGCUUAAAACAGUCGAUCCCUCCUUCAAAACCAACAUCAAGACAAUAUUUCACUAAUAAAUGUACAGAGUGCACAUGAGUCAUUUAAGUUCUUAACAUAUUCCACAAAGCCACGAGAGCUGGCCCCUGUCUGCGCUGAUAUUUCAGAGCAUGUGACUCAUGGAUCUUGAAACUGUAAUCUCCUUUGUGACAAGAUGCAUGUUAUUUUUAGUUGUGUAAUAUCUAACCCAUGCCUCUGGGUGCUGAUCUCUCUCCCAAGGUCGCUUUUGCUGUUAACAUGAGAGACAUGUUUCUAAAUGCAUAUAACUGCCUAAAGGGAGCUAAUGUGACCCUUUGACCUUUCUUUCGGUCACACAGGUUGUCAGUGGGGGGGGAGUUUGAUUAUACAAAAGGUGUUGUGUUUUUAAUAUUGUGUUUUCAAUAUGCAUAUCUCUUUUUAAUAUCAAGGCUCUAAAAAUAAGUCCAAAAUUAUCUGUUUGGAGACCUGCACUGCUCAACUGAGAAAUCCCACAGCAGAUUUUCUUUGGAUUUUUCCCCCCGUUUUCAAAAAAUAAAUAGUUAGAUAAAAAUAAGCUCUGUGGGAAAAAAAGCAAGACAUACAGUGUCAUAUGAACACACUUGGUUGAACAAGAUAACAUAUUUCACUAUUUUGAACAGACAUGUAAUUAAUGUAAGCAGCUUAAAAAUCACAGCUGAGAUUUCAAUUGAUACAUUUAUAUUGUAGAAGAAAAUAUGAAAUGUUUUUAGGCUUAUACGAACCACAGGAAGUAUUUUAUUCAUACAUUUAAAAAAAACCUUUGGGGAAAAAGCACUCCAAAUCUACUGAGGGAAUCCAUGGCUCAAACACUAAAUGGGUUUAAGAACUACAAACUGCAUUACUUUAUUAAAGACGUUUCCUCGUGGGAUAUGUGUAGUCAUAAACUAAAUACGUUACAUCUGUUUUCAGUAACAUCUCCCACCUGAUGAGGCUUUCAGCGUUGAAACAAACACCUGAUGCUCUGUGUUCGUGUGCAAAAUAGAAUAGAUAAAUAAACUUUGCUGUGAGCUUUGUUGCUCUGUAAGGACACACUGUCACACGGCUUCUUCAUGUGAACUAUUUAUUCAUAUAUUCAUGCCUAAGGCAGCCCUGUCCCCUCACUGCCCCUAAACUGUAAGCAGAUGCUACUAAAAACAACCACUGAAUCCACAUGGAGAGUGGGCACGACCAGAAUAAUCGACUAUGGGGCACAGAAGACAAGAUGAUGCUUGUCUUAACAAGUGAGUCUCCAAACGCCCUCAAAUUCCCCAGCACUAAUGGCAUAAGUGACCCUUUUACCAAAACAUGAGUGACUUUAGUAAUACCAUAACUCUGCUUUAGGCUUUGUGUGCCUGUGCAUUUGUGUGUGUGCACCAUGCAAGCUCAAUAAUCGGAACAGGAACCCAGGCAAAAUAGGAUUCAGUGUGCUUGACUCCUGGGCUGAAUAGAUGGAGAUUUUUCAUUUAAACAGUCUGCUACCGCAGCUUGUGAUGUGUCUGUUUCAUGAUGCUUCCUCUCCCAGCCUGCAUGCUUCUAAAAAUGCAAUUUUACACAUCAUCUCGGCUCAAGGUGCAUCCACAAUGCUUCGAGAAGUCUGCAUAUUUCAGAAGACAAUAAUUCUCCUCUGAAUAUAAGGUUCGAGCAGUCUCACAGAGUAAGCAUAGAGAAUGAGGUUUCCGCAUAAGGGAUUCUGCAUAGAUAGGAGUUUUAAGGAUGUGUUGUGUACAGCAGAGAUCGAGCCAUGAAAGGCAGUGAUUUUCUUUUUCUAAAUGCAACCUGCCCUUUGUCCUCAACACCACCAUGGCUGUGCAGUUUAAAGUAUUGAAUAAGACCCCCCCCCCAUGUCUCUGACAUUUAGUGUUUUUUCACAUUCUGAUUGGAUAUUGUACAUGCCGCAACAACUAGCAGUUUGUGGAUUAGUAUGUAAUCAAUUCAGAUUAUAUUUCAAAUGUGCCAACUUUAUUUUUCCGUAUGUGUGGACGACACAUUCCUGUGUUUUUAUUUUGUUUUGUGUACCAAAAGGGAGCACCGGUCUCUUAUUGAGAAAGAUUGUACAGACAUAAAAUCUAGAUUUAUUUUAUUUUAGCCACUGUUAAACAUUGAUCCAAUUAAGUCAUUGAAAGUAGGAGAUGUUGAUGUGAUUUAAAAUUGAUAGUCAUGUGGUAUUUCUUAUCUUAAACAAACAUCUUUUGUAAGAUGUGAUUUAUUUGGAGUAAUAAAAAAAACAACAUUUAUCAUAAUGCCAUUGUAGAACGUAAUAAGCUGCGAUGUUAGCCAUUGUAGAAGUUACAGCUAAUGCUUCUUUCCUGCAACAGUGAUCACUAUGAAAACAUAGUUAUUUGACUGAUGCAACACAACACAGAAUAGCAAAAAAAAAAAUCAUAAAACAAACUAGGUUUGUUCGUUGCCAUUCAAUGCAUAACGCUUAAAACAUGAAAGUUCAAUUAAAGUGUUGCAAUAAAACGCAACACAGACAACUUCCAAUUAAAAGAGAAACUUCUACAUUGACAACAUUCCUCAUCAUCCCUGUAAGUGAUCGUUGUAUUUCUCUCCCCAUCCCGUCGUUUAGAAUAAUCAGAAUUAUGUGUUUUUUAUAGAAAAUAGCAAAGAGAGUCUUGAGUCAAAGAAUCUGAACUGUUCCAUCAUUUUAGUGUGGAAAAACAGGCCUCUGUGUGUUUGGGCCGAUCAUCCCAUUGUCUUUUAGCUUGUUACUAACAAACCUGAACUGAUGAUAUGACUUGUGCUAAUUGUAAGAACGAGGAGGCAGGGGUAUGAAGGAUUAAGCAAAAACUGUAAAUUGCAAUUGUGGUGUUGAUUGGAUGCAAGUGCUUAAAUUUGAAGAAGAAAAAGUUGCUGUGUCACUUACACUAACUGUGCACUUUACCUCACAAGAUAUUCUGCUCAGGCAGAGGAAGAGUUGUUUGAGAUGUUUGAAUCCGACAUUGCCACUAACAGAGUGAACUAUGUGCAAAGUAUUUCUUUUGGUAAAUAGUUCCAGCUGCCACAUAUCCAGUUCUUUCCUGCUUUGUUAGAGCUUACUAUUGAUUCUUGGAAGACCAAUUGCGGCUGAAUCAACAAACAACGCUCACAACUGUUGACAAACCCUGUCCGACCACGAUGUGUAAGCUGCCAUAUCCCUGCCUACUCUCCUUGUUGUCAUUGAGUAUGUUUUAUUGUCUUAAGAAACAUUUAUAUUUGUAACAUUAAGUUUAUUUGUAUCCUUAAGAACAUGAAAAAACAAAAUGGUUAUGCACACUGUCCUUGCAUAGAACAUGUAAUGGAAUAUGAUAUUAAAUAAUAACCACUUUGUCAUAUAAACUGAUUUCUGAAAGAUA